AUGAAGUUCACUUCAAUCUCCACUCUCGUCCUGGCCGCCGCCUCAACGACAAUGGCCGUACCCCGCCGAAUCCGCGAUCUAAAGCCUCUCGAACUUGCAAAUAUCAGCGCAAGCAUUCCGUUUACGACAAUGCCUACGACCACCAUCUUCGGAUUUUCUCUGAAGGACCCGAACACCAACAUUGAAACCAAGUGCUCUUCUUACUGGUCAGCUGGUCAAGCCGGAAGCAAGUCCUACAACUGCACUGAUAAGUCAUAUCAACUCAAGCUCUUUAAUGGAAUCUACAACAUUGAGGAAUUUGACUUUGGUGUUGCUCGGGCUGAUGGCUCCCCGAGUGGACGGUCGACUUUGAAGGGUGAGUCGUGGAAGUGUACAAAGGGAGAUCAGGAGCCUUUGGAGAAUUGUCACUGGGAUGGGAUUUUCCAUCUUGAUAUUGCUAAAUAG